AUGAAGUUCGCUCUCGUAACAUUCGCUCUCUUCAGUGUAGCACUGGCUGUGCCAAACUCGCAGUACGUCGCACGUGAGGCUCAACGAGGCCCCGUUCGGCCGCCCGGCAACACUUGCUCUAUCACAAAUGGCUGCAGAGUUGAGGGAACCACGUGCAUCUGCCCCUAG